GUUGGAAGCUGCAUUGCUGUGUUCAUGUAUCUACAUACCCAUGUGAACUUUUCCGAGCUGUCCUCGGCAGACAUUGAAUCCAGAGACAAAAUACAGCGUUUGUCACUUGGGAGAAGGACUAAAGCCUCCGCCUCCCACCCCUCGCACAAAACCCAAAUCUACCUCUCCAGAUCUACCGACCCCUUCCUCAACCUCUCUGUCGAGCACCGCCUCCUCCAAAUCACGCCCCCAGACUCCACCGUCCUCACGCUCUACGUCAACUCGCCCAGCAUCAUCUUUGGCCGCAACCAGAAUCCCUGGCUGCAGGUCAACCUGAACCGCCUCGCGCAAAUUGCCCAGCAGCCUUCCAGUGUUGGCUGGACAGACUCAUCCGUCCAAUUGGUCCGCCGCAGAUCCGGAGGAGGCGCUGUAUUUCACGAUGCGGGUAAUGUCAACUUCAGCGUCAUCUGCCCGCCUGAGCGGUUCGAUCGCGACAAGCAUGCUGAAAUGGUUGUGCGCGCGCUGAAAGCGCUCGGGAGGCCGAAUACGCGCGUUAACACGAGACAUGAUAUUGUCAUGGACGUGGCAUCGCCAAAAACAGCUACUGAUACGGAGACGUAUAAAAUCUCCGGCUCGGCUUAUAAACUCACACGCCUACGAUCACUGCAUCACGGCACAUGCCUCCUUCGCAGCCCCAACCUCACCAGUAUCUCCGGCCUAUUGCGAUCUCCAGCCCUGGGAUACAUCGAUGCUCGAGGUGUUGAUAGCGUGCGCAGCCCAGUCAGGAACAUUGAUUUAGACAACCAAGAGUUUCAAGACGCCGUGACGAGAGAAUUCGAGAGCAUGUAUGGCGACGCUGACUUUCGCGGCGAGUUUGACGAUACGGCGCUUGAAGUGGAUGAAGUGCAAAAGGGCUACCGGGAGCUGAAAUCCAAGAGCUGGAUUUGGGGCCAGACGCCAAAAUUUACGUUUUCAACGCAUCCGACGGAGGAGGAUCCUCGGCCUCGACCGGAGCUGCCAUACGAUCUGAACAUGCAUCUUUCCGCAAGACAUGGCGUUAUAGAAGACAUGAGUAUCAAGCAUAGCGACGGAGCUACCAUCAACGGACUGGACACCUCUGUGUUUCAAGGAGCCUCUGUAUGGGAAAUUACCAACUGGACAGAAUCACUAAACCGAGCUGGCCUUGGAGGCAGUGUUAGCAAGGAAGCGGGAGAGUGGCUGAAUGGCAUGUUUGGUGCUGAAUAUGCUAGCAUGUCGUUGAGAGAGAUGUAG